CAUGAGAGAGUGCUCAUCGCGCAGCAAUACGCGUCUGCUUAGUGUGGUAAUCGUAAUCGAUCAACGUCUCAGAAUCGACACUUGUCGAUAUUUAAUCGAGAUCCUAUCCCGCCGCAUCACAGGCGAUUAACGAUAGUUGGUUAGACCUGUUCCCACAUCUAUGGAGUUUCAUCUAGACAGUGCAGAAUACUGCCAGGCACAGCACAAAUAAAAAGUAAGCAAUCCUCAAACAAGGCGGUGAUAGCCUGAGUGAACACGGUCACCUCUUCGGAAGUCGACGUCGAUAAGUGGUGUGGAGCAGAUCAGCUAAAUACCGUCAAGGGAUCAGCUGAUGUAGCGGCAGCAGCGGCCCCAAUUAGACAAAGUCUGUCAAUCUAUGGGAGAGAAAGCAAAAAACUAAAUUUUUAGCAUCGCGGUGAUCGCAGAUCAUAUCACAGCAAGGAGAUAUUUUAAUUUUUAACAACGAAACUGAGAAAAAGUUGUAAUAUUUGCAA